GUAAAUUUACUUAAAUAAAAUAAAUUAAAAGCAAAGGAGAGGAAAAUAUCCACAUCUCUGGCUCUGCUAUUUCUCUCUAUUCGCCGCACCGCUCUGCGCCGCCGGCACAAUCACGUUAGAUCAUGACAAGGAGCCACAACUUGUGCAUCAGAACCCACUAUGAGACCAUUGGUGUGAAGGAAGAUGCAAGCCAAGAAGAAAUCCGUAAAACUUAUCGAUCUGCCAUUAUCGCUUUCCAUCCAGACAAACUCGGGGAUUCCCUAGGGAAUGAGUUUAUUGAGUUGCAGAGGGCGUGGAGAGUGCUCUGUGAUCCAGGGUUACGGGCCCUCUACGACCAAGAAUUGAGGACGUUGAGGCAGGAAGCUCUAGCUGCAGAAGACGUGCGCUUAGGAGAUAUGGCGGUUGUCGAAGACGAAGAAGAAGAAGAUGGAGACAGCUUCGAAUUAUCCUAUCAAUGCAGGUGUGGUGAUUUCUUCUCUAUUAUGUCUUGUGAAUUGGAUGAAAUGGGAUAUCGGAUUCAAAGAGUUGGAGGGAAGCUCAUCUCCGAAGCAGAAGAUUCAGCCUGCGAUUUUGAUGAAGAAGACGAAGUAUUCGUGUCAGCGGUCAUGACCAAAUACAUGGAGUCCAAAUGCAAGCGCAGGUCGUCUUCUGGUGCAGCUACUCGGCUUUGUAGAUGUUCGAGUGCUACAAGCUACAACGCGUUUUUCUCAGUCAAGAAGCGUUUCUCGCGAUCCUUGAGCUGGAACGAGACGGGUUAUCGAGAUUUGAGAAAGCAAUCCGCUGUUAUUCUAGAGCUCAUGCAGAAUGAAGGGCGGCCGUUUGGCCUCUCGAAGAAAGCCUUUUUGCUGCCUCCUCCGCUGAAGUCACCAUCAGAUCCUUGGUCAUGGAGGAAGGGCGCUAGAGUCACCAGUAUCGGGGAGGAUUGGUGAAAUAACCGAUACACGAACCCGUUUAGCAGCCCUAGCCACAGUACAGUGAUGAUAUAUUGAUAGCAGUGGUAUGUUUGAAUAUAAUUUGAAAUUUUCUAUUUUA